AGGAAUGGUCAAUAUCCAAUUUACAACUUUACGCAAUUACAUUUAAUAAAACAACACCCAAUCAGUGUGUCAUAGUAAGAGGAAUUCAAACCGAAAGUUGUGCAGCAGUAGUUGCUGUAAGGAGAUUGAGAAAAAAUGGCUGACUCAAAAAACGAAAUCCCUGUCGAAAACCCUGAGACUGAAAAAUGCCACUGUCCGAUAUGUCUAGAAAAGGUAAGGAAUCCGAAAUAUUUGCCGUGCUAUCACACAUUUUGUGAGCCGUGUAUUCAGACUUACAUUUCAAGUACGGCAGCACAUAAGGAAAAUGAAACAUUAAAAUCGAUCGAAUGUCCAGUGUGUCGUAGAUGUAUCGACGCUCCUAGGUGUGACAUUUCAGAUGAGGAGUGGGCAUCAGAAUUACCACAAAAUAAACUUAUUCUGACUAUGUCUGUAGAUCCUGAGCAAGAUGAAAAUAAAUACUGUAUGUUUUGCAAACGACUAGAGAAAACUGUACCUGCAAACCAAUGGUGUAAAGUUUGUAUGGAAGCUAUUUGCGAAGAUUGCAAAUCAUUACAUAGAGCUGCACCAAGCCUGCAGAAUCAUAAAAUUUUAAAUCUCUCCAACAUUAAGGAGGUAGACAGUGAAAUUGAGAUAGAAGAGUCUUGUAUGUUGCACCAAGGGAAGAUACUUGAUGUGUUUUGCCAACACCAUCGAAAGCUAUGUUGUAUCGUAUGUCUUGUCAAACACCAUAAACUGUGCAAGAAUGUGGACACAGUUGAAGAUAUGGCCCUGGAGAUUGACCGAGACAGCAUUCAAAAAAUUUCUUUAAAAUAUAUUGGUUUGGAGAAAAAUCUUGAAGAUAUGCUGUCAGAAAACAAGAACAGAUUAGACAAACUUAAUGCCAGGAAGCAAGAAAUUUGUGUGACCACUGAAGAGAAAAUUCAAGAGAUCAAAACAUUAUUGGACAAUGCACAUGCAAAGUGGCUAAAACAAUUUGAGCAGAAUCAUGCAGAUUCUAUUGGAAAUAUUGAAAUAGCUUUUGAUGAGCUGAAACGGUUUUCCACUACAGUACAUGAAGCAAGAACCAUGUUACAAUCAGUCUUAAAGUUUGGGUCCUCAAAACAAUUGUUUAUUACAAACUAUAAAUUGCAAAAUCAGAUUUCUGACCACAUCACUCGUUUUAAGUCUUUGGACAUUUGGAAUUUCUCUGAAGACUACAAGCAACAUAACUCGGACUUUCUUAGUCAAAUUUCCAAUGCCAAAGAGUUUGAAGACGUAGAAUUGUCCAAAGUACAGAAAAGGGCAGUGGAGAUAAUUUCAUUGAGUGUUCCAGAGGUAGAUGACAAAGAUAAUAUUUUACAAAGGAGAAAAACAAUGUCUCAAAAGAACUGGAUGCAAGUUAAAUUUGAAAAACGAUCACAGAUUAGCGGAUUUCCAGAAAGAGUUUAUUAUGGCUUAUUUAUACACGAUACAAGGGUUAUUUUUUCUUUGACUAGCCCACCUGCGCUGAAGAUUUACGACAUCAGUAAACCCACAGGAGAAUGCGUUCACACUGAGAAAUGUCAGAAUACACCGUACGGACUCUGUCACACUGGUUUGAGCCUGAAUGAACUAUAUGUUUCUUUUGAAAACUUUAUUAAUCAUUAUCUAAUUGAUAUCACUGAAACUAUAACAUUCACAAAACUUGGAACCAUUCAGUUGAAAGAGCCCAUGUUGGCAAUUUCGUGUGGGCCAACAACAGCAUUUGCCGCCAAUAAAACAAAGAGAAUGAUUUGUUCCUUGGACUUCUGCGUAAACCAUAGUUCAGCGUAUGUAUGUCCUGGCAGUGCGGCACCAUUUGUGUCCUCAUCGACAAUAUCAGAUCGGCAUUGUUUUAUAAGAGGUGGUGUGGUUAUAGUUGUGGAUGGAAAUAACCAAGAGAUUUUUAAGAGUGCUUGGCAUGAAAAUCUACGUGGUCUUACAUUUGAUUUAAAUGACAAUAUUUUGGUUUGUAAGCAUAAGACAACUAAACUUAAACAAUUUAAACAUGGCAAAAGUGAGAGUAGAGACAUUGAUUUAGAAGGCAUCACAGAAACGUACAAUGUUAUACUUCAUCCAGCGGGAGAGAAGAUUUUGGUGUUAGACUUCAAUGAAAAAUGUUGUGUAUACCAAGUAUCGUAGAAUUGGUUGAU